CGUAGCUUAUAUAUCAGGAUUUGAAAAUGUCAUCUUAGUACUAUAGUGAAGUCAGUUAAAGUUGAUCAGAAAUCAUACUGAAACUAUGAAGUGUACAUUAAACGUUUUAAUGAGAAUCGGAUGGUUGCUAAAACAGAUUCUAAGAGAUACAUUUGGUUCUAAUUGGAGCUUGUCUUCUAGAUGCACCUAGAUCUCAAUGUCAAUGUUCAUAGUUCAACUCGAAUUCCUUACCUUGUUUUAAAAACGAUAAUAUGCUAUCUACUGAGCUACAGACUCUAUAAAGCCAAUAACGUGUGUCAAGAGGGUGGAAUUCCUUUGUAAGGGCUUUUUAUCGCAUUACUAAUACUGGGAUUUACAAUCGUGUAAUCACUUUUAGCAUGUGUACAUCCCAUGUAGUUUACUUCAAUAUUCCUAGAGGCUGAUUAGUUGCUAUUACAUAACUUCAAAAAUAGCACAAAUCCUCUCGAUUAUACUCACCAAUGUUUUUGUCAAGUUCAGAAUAUGAUUCAAAUGAUUUAUUGAAUUCAAAUCGUAAACCAUCUACUUUAUCAUCAUCAACUUCACCAACGACAAUGCCAACAUCUUCAUCAUCAUCAUCACUAUCAUCUUCUAUACGUUUUCGCGGUAAUAAAUUUGGACGUCUUAAAACAAAAUGUUUAAACCUCAAUAGAUAUCAACAAAAUUAUUCAUUAUCUAAUAAUCGUUUACAUUUAUGUAAUAAACCAAAUCAUUUCAAUUCAAUAAUGACAACAUCCGCAUUGAAAGCUAUUCGUAGAUCAACAAUAAAUCUUCCUAAUACUCAUUGGCCAAAUUUGUCUUUAGGAUCACAAAUUACAACAACAACACCACCACCAUCAUCAUCAUCAUCGCCAUCAUUUACAUCAAUAAUAGAUCAAAAAUUAAAGUCGAAUUUCUUAACUGAUCUACAAUUUCCUGAAACCAAUAUAAACAAUACUAAUGGAUUAUUGUCUUCUUCUGCAUCAAACUUACGUGGGAAUCAUCAUCAACAUAAUCAUAAUAAUCCUAACAAUACGAGUAAUAAUUUAAUUGAUCGUCCAGUAGUUGUAUUAAAUCCUGAUGAACCACGUGAAAUAUUUAUUGGUGGUGUACAAUCUGUUGCAUUACCAUUAUGGGCAUAUUGUAAAUGUUUAACAAUGGUACGUGGUGAACCACAUGAAUUAGGACCACGUUUAUGUUUACGUUUAUUGCAAAGUUUAUUUAGUUUACAUUAUUUAGUUACACAUAAUUAUAAUGGUUCCGGUGGUAAAGCACCUAUUGAUCCAAUUGUAAUGAGUGCUGUAUUACGUCAAGCACAAUUACAAUUUGGUUCAGGUUAUUUUUUUACUGAACCAAUGGCUUUAGGUAAAUUAAGAGAUUAUUUAAAUAAUGCUUUUCGUGUAAUGGCAUUUAGACAACGUAAAGGUGAACGUGUAAGAUCACCAUUUUGGAAUGAAAAAGGUGAACCAAUACAUGAUUUAGAAGCACCGGUGGAAUUUUCAAAUAUUACUGAUAUUAUUGUUAUACCACAUUCAAUUAAUAAUAAUAAUACUACUACUACACCUAAUACUAACACUACCACUGUUAUCACAGCUACACCAACCUUAUCAACAACUACAACAAUAUCAAAUGAAUCUGAUAUGAAUAUGAAUUCACGAUGAACAAUGAUUAAAGAAAAUAUAUAUAUGGAUUAAUCUUUAAAAAUCUUUACUUUGAUCCAUUUCAUUCUUUCAUAAAAUGAUUCUAUCAAACUAUGAGUAGUAUGUAUAUUUGUUUACUUCAAUGAAACCAUUCAAUAAUAUACAAUGUUAAUUACAUUGUUUAAUAAAUAAUUUAAAAUAACCAAUCAAGGGGGUGGAGGGUAGGAUUAAACAAAUUCAAUUGAAAUGUACUCUUUAUUGUUACUAAUGAAAUAAUGUUCAACGAUUGUAAUUAAUUCAUUCAUUUUAUAAUCUAAUACUUAUAUUCAUUUAAUAAAAUAAAGAAAAUGAAGGGAUAUUCAAAAGAUCAUUAUGAUGAAUGAGAGAAAACGAGAGAUUCUAUCACUUGUAUGUAAAUUACAAAUACAUGGGGUAUUAUGUAUACAUAAUAAUAAUAAUAAUAAUAAU